AUGGAGAGCCCAAACGGAGAGGAGGAGGAAGAAGAGUUCAGAGGAGAGGGACGAAGGCAGGCCUUGCUAGUGUCUUGGCCCCCGGGGGCCCGGCAGCCAUUGCAGGGAGGCCAAAGCCCUGAUGGUCUCACUUCUGUGUGGAUCCAUUCACGUUCCCUUUUCUCUUCCUUCCUAGGUUUCCAGCCAUUAUCUGAUUUGUCUUCCUACGAAAUUGUGGUCCCCAGGAGGAUAACGAGAGAGCGCCGUGAUCUGCCCAAAACCUCACAGGACACAUUUUCCUACGUGAUCGCCAUCGAAGGAAAGGACCAUACGCUGGUCCUAGAAAGAAACAGAGCGCUUAUGCCAAAAGACUUCACAUUGUACACCUACAAGAAGGAUGGAACGCUGCAUACGGAAAAGCCAAGGGUUGGGGAGCAUUGCCACUAUCACGGCCACGUAGAAGGAACAUCCUACUCCCUGGUGGCUGUCAGCAUUUGUUUUGGACUCAGGGGCAUGAUCCAAAUCGAGAACGUCACCUUUGGAGUCGAGCCCAUCGAUAAGGACAGGCACCUGGUCUACCCACUGAGCAGUGUGAAGGCCCCUUCCUCAUCCUGCGGGGUCAGUUCCUUGAGCCACAGCUGCAAGAGCCCAGCAAUGCUUCAUCCCAUUGGCGGCGGGACUCCGCACCUGAGAAACAAAAGGGGCCUCCUCCUGCAGACGAGAUACGUGGAGCUCUUCAUCGUUGUGGACAAGGAAAGGUACAUGCUGUUAGGUGAGAACAAAACUGCCAUCAGAGAAGAAAUGAUGCAUUUGGCCAACUACCUGGAUGGCAUGUAUGCUACGCUGAACAUCCGCAUUGUGUUGGUCGGCUUGGAGAUCUGGACUUUUCAGAACAAGAUCAGCCUCGAAGGAGGUGCCGCCGACGUUCUUGCCAACUUCGUGCAAUGGCGAGAGCGGGAUCUCAUCUUGCGCAGGCGGCAUGACAGUGCACAGCUUGUAAUGACAAAAGGAUUUGGCGACGUUGCAGGAAUGGCCUACGUGGGAACGAUUUGUUCCAAGAGCAACGCCGGAGGGAUUAACGUGUUUGGCCCCAUCAGUGUCCAGAUGUUUGCCUCCAUUGUGGCUCACGAGCUCGGCCACAACCUGGGAAUGAACCACGAUGAUGAACGGCACUGCCACUGCCCGACGGAUAACUGCAUCAUGAAAUCAAAAGCAUCAGGAGCCAGGAACUUCAGCAGCUGCAGCGAGGAAGACUUUGAGAAGCUCACCCUGAACAAGGGGGGAAGUUGCCUUCUCAAUAUCCCCAGACCGGAGGAAACCUAUAGUAUCCCCUACUGUGGCAACAAAUUGGUGGACGCAGGAGAGGAGUGCGACUGUGGCUCCCCAGAGGAAUGUAAAACGGAUCCUUGCUGUGAACCUGGAACGUGCAAACUGCGCCCAGGGGCUGAGUGUGGUUACGGAGACUGCUGUCGCAAUUGUCACUACAUGACCAAGGCCACGGAAUGCCGCGAGAAGUCCAGCGAAUGUGACCUUCCGGAAUACUGCAAUGGCACGUCGGCAUUCUGCCCGCAAGACGUCACCAUUCAGAACGGCCACCCUUGCAAAAAGGGAGAAGCCUAUUGCUACAACGGGGUGUGCCAGUACUACGAGGCGCAAUGCCAGGCUAUCUUUGGCCCAAAGGCAAAAGCUGCUCCGGAGAUUUGCUUUUCUGCUGUGAAUUCCAAAGGAGACAGAUUUGGAAACUGCGGCUAUCACAACUAUGACUACAAGAAGUGCUCGAGCUCGAACUCUAUGUGUGGAAAGCUGCAAUGUGAGAAUGUGAAAACGCUUCCGGUGUUUGGCAUCGAACCUGCGUUCAUCCAGUCUCCGAUCAAAGGCAGCACUUGCUGGGGAGUGGACUUCCAGCUUGGCUCGGACGUCCCUGAUCCGGGGAUGGUGAACGAAGGCACCAAAUGCGCACCUGGGAAGAUAUGUAAGCACUAUCAGUGUGUUGACGUAGCAGUUCUGGGCUAUGACUGUGACAUAAGCAAUCAAUGCAAUGGCCAAGGGGUGUGCAACAGCAAUAAGAAUUGCCACUGCAACUCAGGGUGGGCCCCUCCCUUCUGUAAUGCCAAAGGAUAUGGUGGCAGCGUCGACAGCGGACCUCCGUAUAACGAUGAAGACACCACAACGAGGAACUGGCUGCUGGCCUUCUUCUUCCUGAUUCUCCCUCUAUUAUUGAGUGUCGUUUUCUGCUAUUUAAUGCGGAAUCGUUUGGGGUAUUCCUUAAGGCCACUAAUAGAGAGUUGUUGCGGAUGUUUCAGCAGAUCGCGUCACAGGAGGCAAGAGCCGGUUGGCUCUGAGUUCCCACCGAACGUGCCAUACCCGCCCAUGGAUACAUCAUCCCAAAUGAACAUGCAGACGAAGAGAUAUCCUGUGCCAUCUUACACAGCCAAUCAACAACCAUAUGGUGAACAUUUCUACUACGCACCUCCUCAUUCUUCUCCAAGAUCGGCGGCACUGCCCACCGAACAGCAUUACAUCCCAUCAAGGCCUCCCCCGCCGGCGAUGAAGCCUCCAAAAACUCAGGAACCCUUGAUCCCUUCUCGCCCUGCGCCUUUGCCGCCCAAAUAACUUCCCGUCUUCUGCCUUUCACGAGCUGCCCUCCUUGCUGGGACAAAGCUGCGUUGGUCUCGCAUCAAGCGGCCCUUGAAACCCUUCCUUUUCCCCCUCAGCACUGGAUAAGGAAAAAAAGCAAAGCAAAACAUAAAAGAAUUUUUUUUUUGCAAAACCAAGGAAUGUAAACUUAUCAAGCAAAAUACCUCUACCAAAGCUGCAGGAAGCGAAACCACCGAGGCUGUGAAAACUCUCUGUCCAAACUGCAGUGGGGUUGCGCUGCUGGAAAAGCAGAUCGGCCUCAAAUAUAGCAAUCUUUUGGACGUCG